CUUUGACAGCUCGAGAAGUAUUUUUCCCAAAUGAACUCGAGCGACACGCUUGACGCGGACGAGACGCCGCCCCGCGACCCCCACGCCCACGAUGCGAGCCCGCGGUUUGCAACUGUGCCCGUGCCGAACCUAGAAAGCACCGAGGAUGACGAGUUAGAGGACGAGCACCAGCACGAGGAGCAGGAGGAACACUUGGAGGACGCACAAGCAGCUGAUGCACUCGAAGCAAACUCUCGUUCAAUGCUGACAGAUCAGAAUAAUAUGACUGCAAAACAGCGAGAGAUGCAUGACAAAUUCAGGAAUACGAGUGGACAGCUCAGUAGUCUGCAGGAGACGGAGGUUGACGAUGCUGAUGCGCAAGUGGUUGCGGAGCCUCCAAACGACGAGGCCGAGACCAUUGAGACCCAUGAUACCGAUCGCGGGCCGCACUCGUCCAAGAUUCCAAUGGAAGAAAUCCCAAGGGGCGAUAUUCGUCAUCCGGAUAUUGAACACAUCACGGAGCCUUCGGAGCUCAACACCUCGCGGGCAAUCGGUCUGAUUUCGGUUUCUGCCUAUCCUGGACCGGAAGCGCGCAAGUCAAACUUUCUGUUCCUCCGAUUCCAACUCCGCGAUGCUUCUGGGCUGCCCAUCUUUGUCACGCACGCCAAAUGUGCCGCGUUCAUGAGCGCUACGCGAGAGCAGAUCGAAGAGUCGACCGACAAGAGCAGCGCCGACGUGAUCCAAUGCUACCAGUUUGACGCGCAGACGAUCAAGAGGCGCCGCCAAGCGGACGAUCGUGCCUUCGUCCAGCACACUGGGGAGGAGGUGUUCAGAAACGGCAUCAAGUACGACCUCAGUAUUCACGUUUGUGCGUCCAGCCCAGACCACCCAGACCCCGAUCGUCGGGGCCCGCUGCGCUUUGAGGCCACGACGGCAAGCCUCUAUCUGUAUGUCGUCGAGUCAAGCACGUUGUGCCUCGUUCCGUACGAGGGCACCGACAAGUUCGACUCGGCCCGCCGCGUGCUAACCACCCACGAAAUGACGUGCGUGCGAUGCUUGGAAGGCAAGGCAUGCGGCAAUCGUCAAGACACGCCACAAGACCCAACCAUUCUCAACCCUCCGAGCAGUUUUGCGUUCAACGUGGCUCGCGAACCGACCACGCUCAGCCUCUCGUUCCGCAUCAACCAGAACUGCAUCAAGGCUGCGGGUAAUCCGCGCAACCCGCGGCGCUUCCGCCUUGCGCUCGUCUCACACCCGCUGGGUUGCGGCGGCCUGACGGACGGCAGCCCCGAGCGCAAGUCAGAGGUGGCGUUCAUGACUCCGGGUAUUUUUGUGCACAACAACUCCAAGCACAAGCCACGCGAUGACUUUGUCGGACGGGUCGUGUGCAAGGCGCUCACACGCAUGCCAGCUGACGAAGCAGCCACUUACUUGCAGGAGCUGGUCCCAUCGGCUUCCGCGUCCUAUCCCGCGCCGACAUCGCCCCAGCCAUCCUCCGUUGGAUCCCGAUCUGUGUCUCGCGUACCGCUGCGUCGCAAGACUGGCCGCCGCAACCGCGACGGCGACGACGACGAUGAUGAUAGCGACGAGUCGAGUGCAGAGUUUGACGACGAGGACGGCUUUGAGCGAUCCUCGGGUAGAAGAGCAAGCCAUGCUCCGGCCCAGGGCUUGCGUCCGAGUGGUCCGAGUGGUGGUCAUUCCAAUUUCGCCGCGGUCCACAGCAGUCCCAGGCCUCCGUCGAGCCACGUUGUUCCGCAGUACGUGCCACCCACCCCAGUCAGCUUGUUUGCACGAGCGAGUAGACUUGGAGAAAUGUCGCCUCAAUCAUCUGCGCCGUCUUCGUUUGGACCUUUCAACAGCAGAACUGUUGCGGGCGCUGCUUCCUCGAAUGCUGCGCACGUUACCUGCUCGACGCUCAUUCCAGGCGAGGGUCCGACCAGCGUUCGAACCGUGCUCGCGCUGCUUGGAGAGGGCUUUACGCCCGAAAUGUCUGCCUUUGGCGUGUUUGGUGCGGUCGAUCACGGCAUCGACACGAGCAACGACCAAAGCGAGCUGAUGCAAGUGCGGCAAAAGCUCGCGGCGGCGGCAAACAGCUCGAUGCAACAGGUUGUUCAGCUCUCCACCUGGUUUGUCUCGAGCUCUUGCAUCUCUGUUGCCAUGCCAAGCAGCCGAACCGCGUGCAACGUGCGACUUGUCCUGUUUGAUGGCGUGCAAACGCACGAGCUUGGCGGUGAAAACCACUCGCUUGCUCGCUUCCAGUACAACUUGACCCCUGUGGACUACCAGCUUCAACGCUUGAGGCUUGCAGUGCAGAGUGUCUCUCGGCGAUCUUUUGACAACACGGCGGAUCUCCUGAGCGCCACUGUGGAGAUGAUUGAAUCGCAGCUCGUUUCGCGGGAUGAUUCGACUUCCAAGAAACGUGGGUUUGCCAAGAUUGCCGACGACAGUCCCGCUGCACCGCCGUCCAAGACGCUGCGCUUGGCCUCGUCGGAACCUGCGCCAUUCCUCUCACCGGAUGUACGAAAUGGCGGUGUGCACCAAGCACCUCGCUCGCAGCAAAUGCCAAGAACGACAGCAUCACCGACAGAGCAAACUCACAUGGACCGGCCUGCACACAUGCAACCGCCGCCCGGCCAUGUCGUGAUGAUGCCUGUGGGAAACGUUGCCGGGUUUCCUCCGGGAAUGGCCAUGAUGCCAUCUGGCUUCCCUGCAUUUGGAUACAUGCCUCCCAUGGGGAUGGAUGCCAGUCAACAGCGUGCAAUGAUGCAAAUGUACCCGUUCUACGGCAUGCCAGGCGCCAUGCCACACAUGCCGAGUGGACCUCCGCAAGCCAAGCCUAUGCAACCGCCUCCGCGCUAAAUGUGUCUGGUGCAUCUUGAUUCAACAUACGAGCGAUUGCUUUUCGGGGGUUGUCUUUUGUUUUUGUUUGGUUGGGUGUUUGGUUGGUUGUUUGGUUGGUUGUUUGGUUGGUUUGUUGAAAAGUCAAAAAAAUGGUUUGUUGGUAUUAAAACUGUUCAAAGCGA